AUGUAUCCUUAUAUAUGUCUAUCUGUUCCCACCCAGGCCAUUGCUAGAUGCUUUGGGAAGAUGCUGGUGCUGAAAUGUUCCAUGAAACUGCAGAUGCUGGAGAAAAUGUUAAUGCAGAACUUCCCGGAAUCACGCAAGGUUUAUGGAGCAGUGCUGAAUAUCAACAGAGGCAAUCCCUUCAGGAUGGAAGUGGUGGUGGAUUCGUGGCUGGAUUUCAAAGUUGUCAUUACCAGGCGGCAGAUGGAGGAUGAGAUGGAUGACCUUGACCAUUACACCAAUGCCUAUGCAGUUUUCUACAAGGACCUACAGGCUUACCAGGAGCUACUGGCCAACACAGAUACCAUCAACUGGGAACAGAACUUUCAGAUACAAGGGCUCCAGGAUGGAUUAUAUGAAGCAUCCAACACUGUUGCUAUGUCUAAACAAGUCUAUGUGAAACUAUCCUCUUUCCAGAUGUUUAUCCUCCCAGACCCUGACAUGCUGCCAAAUGUCAGAACUCAGAUGGAUCCUGCACCGAGACUGGCUUACCUUGAUGUCUCUCAUGCCAGCCUGCUGAAUGAAACCUGGUCACGGGGAGGCAACGAGCAAUGCCAGAGGGGCUGGAAUAAGAGAGCCUGCCUGAAUUUCCCCCCAGGACCACGACCUUUACCCAUCCUUGGAAAUCUACUUCAGCUGAACCUGAAGAGACCUUACCGAACUUUGCUUGAGCUGUCUGAGAAAUAUGGCCCAGUCUUCAGCAUUCAGAUGGGACCCAAGAAUAUGGUGGUGCUGUCGGGAUACAAGAUGGUGAAGGAGGCUCUUGUGAACCAAGCAGAUGCGUUUGCAGAAAGGCCUAAAAUCCCAAUAUUUGAAAAAUUUGCAAGAGGAAAUGGUAUUCUUUUUGCUCAUGGUGAAAACUGGAAAGUGAUGAGAAGAUUCACUCUCACGACCUUACGGGAUUUUGGUAUGGGCAGGAGGACCAUUGAGAACAAAAUCCUGGAAGAAUGCAAUUAUCUGAUAAAGGAUUUUGAAUCCCACAAAGGAAGCGCCUUUGACACCAUGAAGAUGAUGAAUGCUGCCGUUUCCAAUGUCAUUGUGUCGAUAAUGCUCGGACACCGGUUUGAUUAUGAGGAUCCAAAGUUUCUCAGGCUUAUCCAUUUAAUUAAUGAAAGUGUCCGGCUUUCUGGGAGUCCCAUGGUUACGCUGUUUAAUAUGUUUCCCGCCCUUGGGUUCCUACCAGGAAAUCACAAGACUAUCUUUAAUAAUCUGGAAGAACUGUACUCCUUUACUCAGCAGACUUUCAUCGAACACCUGAAGGAAUUAGAUCCCAAUGACCAGAGAAGUUUCAUUGAUGCCUUUCUCAUCAGGCAGCAGGAGGAAAAAUCUAAUUCCAAUACCCAUUUCAAAAAUGAGAAUUUGCAAAGCCUUGUGAGUAAUCUGUUCACAGCUGGGAUGGAAACAACUUCCACCACACUCCGCUGGGGCCUUUUGCUUAUGAUGAAAUACCCAGCCAUUCAGAAAAAAGUCCAUGAAGAGGUUGAAAGGGUUAUAGGAUCUGCCCAGCUUCGUUAUGAACAUCGGACACAAAUGCCGUAUACGGACGCAGUCAUCCAUGAAAUUCAGAGGUUUGCUAAUAUCCUGCCAAUGAGCUUGCCUCAUGAGACUACUGAGGAUGUCAGACUUAAUGGCUAUGUUAUUCCUAAAGGUACUUAUAUCAUCCCCUUACUGGCCUCUGUGUUGUAUGACAAGACUCAGUGGGAGAAGCCUGGAGAAUUCUAUCCUCAGCAUUUCCUCAGCACAGAUGGAAAGUUUGUGAAGAAUGAGGCAUUCAUGCCUUUUUCAGCAGGUCGGAGGAUUUGUGCAGGUGAGAAUCUUGCCAAAAUGGAGCUCUUCCUCUUCUUUACAAGCCUGCUGCAGAGGUUCACUUUCCAUCCUCCUCCUGGAGUUACCAGCUCAGACCUGGACCUCACCCCAGCAGUUGGGUUUACCACGCCCCCAGUGCCCCAUAAGAUCUGUGCUGUGCCAUGCAGAUAA